CCUCUCCCACGGGUCCCGCCUCGCUGCCCGAGCGUCCGGAGGACCGCUCAGUGGGAGGAGCGCGGAGUCGGCCUGGGUCCUUGGUAGCACCCGCCUGUGUGCUCGUGGAGCCCCACUGUGAGCGGUACAGACACUGCCCCCUUCAGGACUGGGAAAUUUCAAAAAGGAGAGAAGUUGUCAAGCAUUUCUGUGACCUGCCCGUGUCCCCCAGAUCACGACCACAUUUACAGAGCCUGUAGACAUCUGCUAAGUGCUGCAUGGCCAUUUCUGUGAUGUGUACCCAGAAUUUCCAGUGAACUAAAGAGAAACAAAGAGACACGUAACCGUCAAUAAUCAUGAAGAACCCAUAUGCACACCUUGCUGAGCCCUUGGACCAUGCCCAACCAGGAAAGAUAUUCUUCAACUUGAAUAAAUUGGAGGACUCGAGAUAUGGACGCUUACCAUUUUCUAUCAGAGUUCUCCUGGAGGCAGCCGUUCGGAACUGUGACGAGUUUUUGGUGAAGAAAAAUGACAUUGAGAAUAUCCUGAAUUGGAAUGUCAUGCAGCAUAAGAACAUAGAAGUGCCAUUUAAGCCAGCCCGAGUCAUACUGCAAGACUUUACGGGCGUGCCUGCUGUGGUUGAUUUUGCAGCAAUGCGCGAUGCUGUGAAGAAGUUGGGAGGGAAUCCAGAGAAAAUAAAUCCUGUCUGCCCCGCCGACCUUGUAAUCGAUCACUCCAUCCAGGUUGAUUUCAACAGAAGGGCAGACAGUUUACAGAAGAAUCAAGACUUGGAGUUUGAAAGAAACAGAGAACGAUUUGAGUUUUUAAAGUGGGGUUCCCAGGCCUUUUGCAACAUGAGAAUUAUUCCUCCUGGCUCAGGAAUCAUUCACCAGGUGAAUCUGGAGUAUUUGGCAAGAGUAGUAUUUGAUCAGGAUGGAUGUUACUACCCAGACAGCCUCGUGGGCACAGAUUCUCACACUACCAUGAUUGAUGGUCUGGGAGUUCUUGGUUGGGGUGUAGGUGGUAUUGAAGCAGAGGCUGUCAUGCUGGGUCAGCCCAUCAGCAUGGUGCUUCCCCAGGUGAUUGGCUACAAGCUGAUGGGGAAGCCUCACCCUCUGGUAACAUCCACAGACAUUGUGCUCACCAUUACCAAGCACCUCCGACAAGUUGGGGUUGUGGGCAAAUUUGUGGAGUUUUUCGGGCCAGGAGUGGCCCAGCUAUCCAUUGCUGACCGAGCUACGAUUGCCAACAUGUGCCCAGAGUAUGGCGCGACAGCAGCCUUCUUCCCAGUUGAUGAAGUUAGCAUUGCGUACCUGGUACAGACAGGUCGUGAGGAAGACAAAGUCAAGCACAUUCAAAAGUAUCUUCAGGCUGUAGGCAUGUUUCGAGAUUUCAAUGACUCCUCUCAAGACCCAGACUUCACUCAGGUUGUGGAGUUAGAUCUGAAAACAGUUGUGCCAUGCUGCAGUGGACCAAAAAGACCUCAGGACAAAGUUGCUGUGUCUGAGAUGAAAAAGGAUUUUGAAAGCUGCCUUGGAGCCAAGCAAGGAUUUAAAGGUUUUCAAGUUGCUCCAGACCAUCACAGUGACCACAAGGCGUUCAUCUAUAAUAACAGUGAAUUCACUCUUGCUCACGGCUCUGUGGUAAUUGCCGCCAUCACUAGCUGCACAAACACCAGCAAUCCAUCCGUGAUGUUAGGAGCAGGAUUGUUAGCAAAGAAAGCUGUAGAGGCGGGGCUGAGUGUGAAGCCUUACAUCAAAACCAGCCUGUCUCCUGGAAGUGGCGUGGUCACCUACUACCUUCGAGAGAGUGGAGUCAUGCCUUACCUAUCCCAGUUAGGGUUUGACGUGGUGGGCUAUGGCUGCAUGACCUGCAUUGGCAACAGUGGACCCCUUCCUGAACCUGUGGUCGAGGCAAUCACGCAGGGGGAUCUCGUAGCUGUUGGAGUACUGUCUGGGAACAGGAAUUUUGAAGGCCGAGUCCAUCCUAACACACGGGCCAACUACUUAGCAUCUCCCCCACUAGUAAUAGCAUAUGCAAUUGCAGGCACCAUCAGGAUUGACUUUGAGAAAGAACCUUUGGGAGUGAAUGCACAGGGCCAGCAAGUGUUUCUGAAGGAUAUCUGGCCAACUCGAGAUGAGAUCCAGGCAGUGGAACGGCAGUAUGUCAUCCCUGGGAUGUUUAAGGAGGUCUAUCAGAAAAUAGAGACUGUAAACAAAAGCUGGAAUGCCUUAGCAGCCCCGUCGGAGAAGCUGUACACAUGGAACCCCAAAUCUACUUACAUUAAAUCACCGCCAUUCUUUGAAAGCUUGACUUUAGAUCUUCAGCCACCCAAGUCUAUAGUGGAUGCCUAUGUGCUGCUAAAUUUAGGAGAUUCAGUAACAACAGACCAUAUCUCUCCAGCUGGGAAUAUUGCAAGAAACAGCCCUGCGGCUCGCUACUUGACCAACAGAGGCCUAACACCACGAGAGUUCAACUCUUAUGGCUCCCGCCGGGGUAAUGACGCCAUCAUGGCACGGGGUACAUUUGCCAACAUUCGCUUGCUGAACAAGUUUCUGAACAAACAGGCACCUCAGACUAUCCAUCUUCCUUCAGGAGAAACCCUUGAUGUGUUCGAUGCUGCUGAGCGGUACCAGCAGGCUGGACUUCCCCUGAUUGUUCUGGCUGGAAAAGAAUAUGGUUCAGGCAGCUCCCGAGACUGGGCAGCCAAAGGCCCUUUCCUGCUGGGAAUCAAAGCUGUCCUGGCAGAGAGCUACGAGCGUAUUCACCGCAGCAACUUGGUCGGCAUGGGGGUGAUCCCCCUUGAGUAUCUCCCUGGUGAAACUGCAGACUCUCUGGGACUCACAGGUCGGGAAAGAUAUACUAUCAACAUUCCUGAAGACCUUAAGCCUCGAAUGAAGGUUCAGAUAAAGCUGGACACUGGGAAGACCUUCCAGGCCGUGAUGAGGUUCGACACUGAUGUGGAGCUCACUUACUUCCAUAAUGGAGGCAUCCUGAACUACAUGAUCCGAAAGAUGGCCCAGUAGGUGCUGGCCUCUCAGGAGACCCGCGCUUGGUGCUAGACCCAAUGAGGUACCAGGCUCCCCACUGGUGGAGGCCUGGUAGAGCAGCCACCUCUACUUCUAAUGAGGGUGCUGGCAGGAUGAGCAAGUGGGCACUGCCAUUCCUGGAGGCACAGAGCCAGGAGUCUCUAGUUUUGUGAUUUGUUAAUCUUUUUAUCCCUUUCUAUAAUCUGGAAUCUAGAAUCACGGGAAGGUCCAUAGUACCAAAGAGAACUACUUUCUCUUUAAAGUCAUGGACAUUGAUUUUUUACUCUGACUAAUUUUCAGCUGAACACUAGCCAGUAUUCUCAGAAGUGGCUCCUACCCUUUCUGUUGUUCUGUGUUUUUCUCUGCUCAGUGACACCCUUCCCUGGAGUGUCCAGUCCUCCGUAUAUUACACCAGUGUUAACUGACAUAGCUUAAGAACUUCUUCACACUUCAGAUUCAUAGCAGUGAUGUGAUCCCUUCCUUCAAGUGAGCAAAGACCUCGUGGAUAGGUCAGCCGUCAAAAGUGUUUGAUUAUCUACCUUUCAAUCAACAUGAGAUUGCCUCUUACCAUUUUCAACGUUUGUUGACAUGGGUUUGAAAGUAACUGGGGAAAGAGACGGGAUUUCUAAUUUGAAUAAGAUUAAAUAUAUUUUCAUGAAAA